AAUGGAAUCAACCAUAUCGGCAGACACUAUGGACGACGUUUGAUACGUUUUAUGUUUAGAUCUAAGAAAACACGGCAAAAAUGAUAUCAAAACAGUUCGCAUGGAUUGGAGGUUUGGCGACAGUUGUUGCUACGGGACUCUAUGUAUUCUUCGGUCCUUCUGAAAAGAAAAAAUCCAAAAAGAAAGAUUUGUGUCCUGGCUUGGAUAAUCUUGGCAAUACUUGUUUCCUGAAUGCUAUAUUGCAAGCCUUUGCAUCCUGCCCAACUGUUGGAAAAUGGUUGAAGGACUUCUUUAUGAAAGUUCCAGAUGCUAGUAACAAAUAUUUAGCAUCAACAAUAUCCAACACAAUCAGUGUACUCAACUAUGACACUGAAGUAGAUGAAGAUUAUCACUGCCCAGCUGAUGUAAUUAAUGCACUCCGAGGAAGAGGGUGGAUUAUCUCCCCUGAUGAACAGGAUGCCCAUGAACUUUUCCAUGUGCUGACACAGUCGCUUGAUGAGGAAACUGCGAAGUACCCAAGAAUUGUCUCCCUUUUUGAUGUUGGAUUACUGGAGAACAAGUCUCUGAGGUACCAGUCUGAGGAAAAGGCCAUCACCCGCAGUAAGGGUUUGUUACCAGUAUUACCUAACAGAGAGAAUGAUCACCCCUUUAGGGGCCUCCUAGCCAGCCAGCUCCACUGUAAUGAGUGUGGCUACAGAAAUCCGGUCCGUUAUGACCUGUUUGACAGUCUGUCCCUUAGUAUACCUGCCAGUGUUUGGGGAUCCAAAAGUCUUGAUGCCCUACUACAGCACUACAUCAGCGCAGAGGCCGUAGACAAUGUUGAAUGUCCUGGCUGUGCAAAGAUAAAGAAUGCUGCUGCUCACAGCAAUAUCCCACCACCUCGGUCAACCUUCUGUAAAAAACUUACAAUUGGAAAACUGCCACAGUGCAUGUGUAUCCACAUCCAGAGGACCCAGUGGCUUGAUAAUGGGAUACCUAUCAAGAGGUAUGAACACAUAGCAUUUCCUGAGAUCCUACAGAUGGACAAUUAUGUCUACAGUAAAGUUGGGAAACAGCAAGAUCUGAAAUCAAGAAAUGGACUUCUAGGAGGCAAGAACCAACCACUUUUCAAAAAUGCAAGCAAUACAACAGAGAACGGAUCUUCAGGUCCAGUGAACCUUCUUCGAGCUUUAAACUAUGACUCGAACAUCACAAGGAAUGGAAUAUUUUUGCAGCCACCUGUCAACUGCCAAGUACCAAAUAUCCAUUCAGAUGUCAACCAUAAUGGACCCAACAUGUCAAAAUAUGCUUCUUCUGAAUAUACAUACAAACUUUCCGCGGUGGUCGUCCAUCUUGGGGACAUCAUGUCUGGACAUUUUGUGACAUAUAGACGGAGUCCCAUGACAGUGAAAGGAGAAAGAAAAAUGGAUAGAUGGAUCUGCUGUUCUGACACAACAGUGACACGUGCAGAGCUAGAUGAUGUACUUUCUUCAGAGGCUUACAUGCUCUUCUAUGAAAGAAUGUGAAUGUUUGUGAGAUCAGUCCAGUUGGUGACCAAAGAUAUUAUCUUAGCUUUGACUCUAGAAACCAAGUGUUACUGUGAACUCAGGUGUAAUGUGAAGGCUAGUCAAUCAUUGUUACAAAAGACAUCAAUUUGUAGAAGUUAUCCCCCCCCCCCCAUCCUCCCUCCCCCUCAUGAUCCAACUAAUAUCAACAAUCCUCUCACCUAUUGUGUUUUAUACUGAUAUUACUAAUACCCUGUUUAAACAAUACAGUGCCGUUUAACCUCUCCCCUUGCGAUACUCUGACAAAUAAAAUAUUCCUGUUAAACCAGUACAACUCUAGUCUCCUCCCCAUUUCAUCAUCAUUAAAUAUAUAAUACCCUCCUAGCCUCCCUACUAUUCCUCUCCUACCCUCCUCCUUCGGGAUCCUCUGUUUUCUAGAAAUAUGAAUUAUGUUCUCCCACUAAAACUCUAAUCAUCUGGUGAACCCCCUCUUGAUCGUCUGUUUUCUACAAAUAUCACUAAUAAUUUCUUUCAUACUUUUUGAAAUCUGUUUUGUACUAUUAAUAUCACUAAUACAUGUAUACCCAAUAAGUCAUACCCCUCCUCAUAAUGGACUGUAUUCUACUAUAUCACUAAUACAUGUAUACCCGGUAAGUCAUACUCGCCUCCUCGUGGUCAUUUGUAUUGUAGUGAUAUAAAUGAUUAUCUCCCUUAUGCUCUUUUGUUUUAUACUAAUAUUACUAAUUCAAAUUAAUCCUUUUCACCCAGUAAACUAAUCAUUUUCUGCCUCAUGAUCGUUUGUAUUCUAAUAGUAUCAAUAACCUUGCUCCUAAUACCACUAAUAUUACUAAUAUACAUAAUCCUACCCACCCCUCCCCUCCUCGUGAUUGUCUGUUUACUAAUAUACAUAAUCCUACCCACCCCUCCCCUCCUCGUGAUUGUCUGUUUACUGAUAUACAUAAUCCUACCCACCCCUCCCCUCCUCGUGAUUGUCUGUUUACUGAUAUACAUAAUCCUACCCACCCCUCCCCUCCUCGUGAUUGUCUGUUUAUUAAUAUACAUAAUCCUACCCACCCCUCCCCUCCUCGUGAUUGUCUGUUUACUAAUAUACAUAAUCCUACCCACCCCUCCCCUCCUCGUGAUUGUCUGUUUACUAAUAUACACAAUCCUACCCACCCCUCCCCUCCUCGUGAUUGUCUGUUUACUGAUAUACAUAAUCCUACCCACCCCUCCCCUCCUCGUGAUUGUCUGUUUACUAAUAUACAUAAUCCUACCCACCCCUCCCCUCCUCGUGAUUGUCUGUUUACUAAAUAUAGAUAAUGUAUGAACAUAAUUCCUAUCCAUCAUCUCAUUCAUUCUUUAUCCUGCUCAAUCUUCCAUCCCUUCAUCUUCUACUUUUAUAAAUACAAUUUUGGCCCCCUAUCCUUUGUUCAAUAUUGUUAGCUAUGACAAUGUGUGUGCUAUAUUGUUAGCUAUGACAAUGUAUGUGCUACUUAAUGAAAUGCCUUGCACCUUCCUGUUCGGUCAACAUUUCAAAGUUAUUUGUUUGAACUGAAAUGGAAUUCUUGAUACUUGAUGAAAUAAUUAUGAACUAUGUGGAACUGUUUCUUUAACUUCUAUACCAGUAAUAUCAGUAAUGUUUAAGCUAUGAAUCUAAUACACUUAACAACACCUCCAAUAUUUAUGUCCCUGGUUACAGUAACACAUACCCUUACACCUUCUCUUUAAUAGUAGGUGAUUGAUAUGACUGACUGAUCGAGGAUACAACAAUUACCCUUGCACGUCAUUGUCUUUUUCCCAGUCAUUUUGAAGGUGACCGGUAUGUUUUUUCUCCUCACUUUGAUUAUAUUUUGCAUUAUUAAUAAGCUUCACUGUAUUUUCAAACAGAAUUAAACAAACAUGUUUUACAGUGAAUAGAAAUCGCCCAUAUUCAUAUCUAUUUACCUAUUAAGACUGUCACAUAUUUUCUAGUAACUAAUCUUUUCUAGAAACCUUGACACACUUGAAGAUCUUGAGGGCACCAGUGUAUAUAUAGAUUAUGAAAGUUACUUGUUGAAUUCUCUAUAGAUGUAUAUGAUAAUGCAUACAUAACAAGCAUUUAUAAACCCUGUGAGUUUAUCACCAGACUUGCCAUUUAUAACAGCUGUACUUUGACAUUUUUGCAUUCUUAUCCCAUGUUUUAUCUCAAAAUCAUUAAUAUGGAAUUCGCCUCAGUAGUUUUCACAAUUUUGUGUUAUUCUUCCUCCAUGCAAUUUUAAAUGUGUUUUUAAUCAUGAAUGAAAGUGAUGGUAUUGUAGUGACAUACUUGCCUGUACACUAGAUGUAUUAAUUGCUGAAAGCUUCAUUAUCAAGAAUUGAUAUUAGUGCUUCAGCUGUGUUACCAUAUUUUGAUCUCAUUUGUGUUUGUGGAAUAAAAUCUUUUAUCUGUUUGUAAACUUAUAACUAGAAAACUUAAAGGAAGAUCACCCUACACAAAAUCACAUAUGAUGUGGAAAAUGUUGCAUAUCCCUAGAGAUGUACCUCUUUUAUACUGUAUUGUAAAAUUACACGGAUGUCAUAUUCAGUGUUUAAAGUAGCACUACAAAUAAUAUAGCAUAGUAUUCCUUAGGGAUUUGCCCUUGAUUUAAUGGAAAGUGGAUGUACAGGAUCCAUUGUUGUUGUUGUUGUAUUUCGAUAGAUACAUUUACACACAAUGAUAUGUUUAAGAAAUAGGCCACUUUUUUAGUACCAUACCGGUAAACCUAUAUAUAGCACAAAAUGCAGGUUUCAUCUUACAGCGAAAAGUGGUGUUUUCAGAAAUCUUAAUGUGUCCAUUUUGUAUGUCAAAGUUCUAGGAUGGAAGACCGGUGCUUGGUUAUCAAACGGUAUACAUAAGUAAUAAGUCAAGCAAUCAUGUUACAGCUGUGGAAGAUUGUACGUAGACCUUCACAUGUCACUGUGUAUUGUACCAUAGACCUUCACAUGUCACUGUGUAUUGUACCAUGGACCUUCACAUGUUACUGUUUAUUGUACCAUGGACCUUCACAUGUUACUGUGUAUUGUACCAUGGACCUUCACAUGUCACUGUGUAUUGUACCAUGGACCUUCACAUGUUACUGUGUAUUGUACCAUGGACCUUCACAUGUCCUUGUGUAUUGUACCAUGGACCUUAACAUGUUACUGUGUAUUGUACCAUGGACCUUCACAUGUCACUGUGUAUUGUACCAUAGACCUUCACAUGUCACUGUGUAUUGUACCAUAGACCUUCACAUGUUACUGUGUAUUGUACCAUGGACCUUCACAUGUUACUGUGUAUUGUACUAUGGACCUUCACAUGUCACUGUGUAUUGUACCGUGGACCUUCACAUGUUACUGUGUAUUGUACCAUGGACCUUCACAUGUUACUGUGUAUUGUACUAUGGACCUUCACAUGUUACUGUGUAUUGUACCAUGGACCUUCACAUGUCACUGUAUAUUGUACUAUGGACCUUCACAUGUCACUGUGUAUUGUACCAUGGACCUUCACAUGUCACUGUGUAUUGUACCAUAGACCUUCACGUUACUGUGUAUUGUACCAUAGACCUUCACAUGUCACUGUGUAUUGUACCAUGGACCUUCACAUGUUACUGUGUAUUGUACCAUGGACCUUCACAUGUCACUGUGUAUUGUACCAUGGACCUUCACAUGUCACUGUGUAUUGUACCAUGGACCUUCACAUGUUACUGUGUAUUGUACCAUGGACCUUCACAUGUUACAAUGUAUUGUACCAUGGACCUUCACAUGUUACUGUGUAUUGUACUAUGGACCUUCACAUGUUACUGUGAAUUGUACCAUGGACCUUCACAUGUCACUGUGUAUUGUACCAUGGACCUUCACAUGUUACUGUGUAUUGUACUAUGGACCUUCACGUUACUGUGUAUUGUACCAUGGACCUUCACAUGUCACUGUGUAUUGUACCAUGGACCUUCACAUGUCACUGUAUAUUGUACCAUGGACCUUCACAUGUCACUGUGUAUUGUACCAUGGACCUUCACAUGUCACUGUGUAUUUUACCAUGGACCUUCACAUGUCACUGUGUAUUGUACCAUGGACCUUCACAUGUUACUUUGUAUUGUACCAUGGACCUUCACAUGUUACUGUGUAUUGUACUAUGGACCUUCACAUGUUACUGUGUAUUGUACUAUGGACCUUCACGUGUUACUGUGUAUUGUACCAUGGACCUUCACAUAUCACUGUGUAUUGUACCAUGGACCUUCACAUGUUACUGUGUAUUGUACUAUGGACCUUCACGUUACUGUGUAUUGUACCAUGGACCUUCACAUGUCACUCUGUAUUGUACCACAGACCUUCACAUGUUACUGUGUAUUGUACCAUGGACCUUCACAUGUCACUCUGUAUUGUACCAUAGACCUUCACAUGUUACUGUGUAUUGUACCAUAGACCUUCACAUGUCCUUGUGUAUUGUACUAUGGACCUUCACGUGUUACUGUGUAUUGUACCAUGGACCUUCACAUGUUACUGUGUAUUGUACCAUGGACCUUCACAUGUUACUGUGUAUUGUACCAUGGACCUUCACAUGUCACUGUGUAUUGUACUAUGGACCUUCACAUGUCACUGUGUAUUGUACUAUAUAUGGACCUUCACAUGUUACUGUGUAUUGUACCAUAGACCUUCACAAGUUACUGUGUAUUGUACUAUGGACCUUCACAUGUCACUGUGUAUUGUACUAUGGACCUUCACAUGUCACUGUGUAUUGUACUAUGGACCUUCACGUUACUGUGUAUUGUACCAUAGACCUUCACAAGUUACUGUGUAUUGUACUAUGGACCUUCACACGUUACUGUGUAUUGUACCAUGGACCUUCACAUGUCACUGUGUAUUGUACCAUGGACCUUCACAUGUCGCUGUGUAUUGUACCAUGGACCUUCACAUGUCACUGUGUAUUGUACCAUGGACCUUCACAUGUUACUGUGUAUUGUACCAUGGACCUUCACAUGUCACUGUGUAUUGUACUAUGGACCUUCACAUGUCGCUGUGUAUUGUACCAUGGACCUUCACAUGUUACUGUGUAUUGAGAUAGUGUAUGUUGAUGUGAAAAAGUCAGUAGUGUCUUGCUAUGAAUUGAAAAGGAACAAGCAUGUAGCCCAAAUAAAGGACACUUUCAAUAGCAAAGCUGUUGAUGAAAUGAUGUCAUAUGAAAUGAAGCUUGCUGUUCUAAUAUCCAUUGUUAUUAAUCAGACUUAUUGAAAAAGGAAUCAUGAAUUGGUAUUUCUUGAAUAAGUUUAAAAAUCAUGGGGAAACUAUCAAGAACAUAUCUUAUUGUAACACCAAAAUUUUCUGUAUAAAUAUUUUGAACUGAAAUGGUCUGAAAAUGUAAAAGCAGAAAAUAUUGAAGCUGACAGACCCUUAUCUUGAUGUACGAUUUGAUGUAUAUGGUGCUUUUGUAUGCUACUUAGUUACAUCAGACUGUUAUGUAGAACAAAUAGAAAUCAUUAGAAAUUGGGGAAGACAUUUUUGUGUAAUGUGUGUCCAUUUUGUUUGUGAAUUUCCAUUCCUGAGAUGAGAGUGAUCAUGGUUUAACUGUGUAUUGUGGUUGGUGAGAGAUCGUGUUCCAUGAGUAGAGAGGAGAAAUAAAUUCUCUAUGCUGAGAUGGGGUUCCAGUUCUUUGAUGAAAAUUACUUUUUAUUGACCUUUGUAAUUUAAUUGAUACUUGUAACAACUUCUACUUUGUUGUAGAAUAUGACACAAAAUUUGUUUUGGUAAAAUUACAUGGUCUGCCUCUUUCUAAUGUCUUUAUUUUCAGACAAAAAUGUACUCCAUUAGAUCCUGGUAUAAAUCAUAGUAUAUCUGGCUUACUUUGCCUUGUUUGUCAUUGAACAUUAAAGAGGAAACUAUCAUUAAGGCAACUGGAAUGCCUGUUUAUAUAUAAGUGUGUAAGUGUUAAUGCAAUGCAUUUAAUUGACUGAGAGAUGCGAGAGAUAGUCGAAGUAUUCAAUACUUACGCAUGACAGUAAAUUAUUCUACUCGUGUACAUUUUCCACAAAGUUGUUUUUAUUCCCGAAAUAAAUGAAAAAUAUUCA